ACAUAAAUAUAUAAAACGUACCAAGGAUGUUCCUCAUUCUAACCAAGUUAAUCAUCAACGUGUCUUACAACACCAUGAUGAUGCAAAUGGAAACCCUCCCUCUCCUCCUCACUCUAGUAGCAACCCUAUCAGCCUACUUCCUUUGGUUCCACCUCCUCGCCCGAACCCUAACCGGGCCAAAGCCCUGGCCCUUAGUGGGGAGCCUCCCAAGCCUUUUCAGGAACCGCGAUCGAGUCCACGACUGGAUCGCGGAUAACCUCCGUGGCAGGGGAGGCUCCGCAACGUACCAGACGUGCAUCAUCCCAUUCCCUUUCUUGGCACGCAAGAAAGGGUUCUACACGGUCACGUGCCAUCCAAAGAACCUCGAGCACAUCCUCAAGACGCGCUUCGACAACUACCCAAAAGGCCCCAAGUGGCAAACCGCGUUCCAUGAUCUUUUGGGCCAAGGAAUCUUCAACAGCGAUGGCGAGACAUGGCUCAUGCAACGUAAAACCGCGGCAUUAGAGUUCACCACGCGAACGUUGAAGCAAGCCAUGUCUCGUUGGGUUAACCGAUCCAUUAAGAACCGGUUGUGGUGCAUACUUGACAAAGCGGCGAAAGAACGCGUCUCGGUGGAUUUGCAAGACCUUCUUCUGCGGUUAACCUUUGAUAAUAUUUGUGGACUCACGUUCGGCAAAGACCCAGAGACUCUUUCUCCGGAGCUACCAGAAAACCCGUUCGCUGUUGCUUUUGACACUGCCACUGAAGCCACCAUGCACAGGUUCCUCUACCCGGGACUAGUGUGGAGAUUCCAGAAGCUUUUGUGCAUUGGAUCGGAGAAAAAGUUAAAGGAGAGCCUCAAAGUUGUGGAAACCUACAUGAACGACGCCGUGGCGGAUCGCACAGAAGCUCCCUCCGACGACUUGCUCUCGCGUUUCAUGAAGAAGCGCGACGCCGCCGGCAGCUCCUUCUCCGCCGCGGUGCUUCAGCGCAUCGUCCUCAACUUCGUCCUCGCCGGCAGGGACACGUCAUCGGUGGCCCUCACCUGGUUCUUCUGGCUCCUCACGAACCACCCCGACGUGGAGCAAAAAAUAGUGGCUGAGAUCGCAACCGUCCUGGCCGACACGCGCGGCGGAGACCGACGCCGCUGGACGGAGGACCCUCUCGACUUCGGCGAGGCUGACAGGCUCGUGUACCUCAAGGCGGCGCUGGCCGAAACGCUGCGUUUAUACCCGUCCGUUCCGCAGGACUUCAAGCAGGCCGUGGCCGACGACGUGCUGCCGGACGGCACGGAGGUUCCGGCGGGGUCGACGGUGACGUACUCGAUAUACUCCGCGGGGAGGGUGGAAACGAUAUGGGGGAAAGAUUGCAUGGAGUUUAAACCGGAGCGAUGGCUUUCGGUUCGCGGGGACCGGUUCGAACCGCCAAAAGAUGGGUUCAAGUUCGUGGCUUUUAACGCUGGACCGAGAACUUGUUUGGGCAAGGACUUGGCUUACCUACAAAUGAAGUCCGUGGCUGCUGCUGUGCUUCUGCGUUACCGGCUAUCGCUGGUUCCCGGUCACCGGGUGGAACAGAAGAUGUCUCUCACUUUGUUCAUGAAGAAUGGGCUCAGGGUGUUCUUGCAUCCACGUAAGCUAGAAAGUGGGCCCGGGGUUGCCACCUCACCUUAAAGCGAGGGUCUUUUCGUCAUUGUGCUUCAGAAUUAAGAGAGUAUAAUCAAUAGUGGCAAUAUGGUCAUUCGGUGGUACGUUUGAGAGUGUGUAUGUAUUUAUUUAUGUUCAUUUUAUGUUUGGAAUUAGGGUGUUGUGUAACUGUAAUUUGUGUAUCACUAUUUAUGUUUCAUUUUUAUUUUUAUUUUUCGAAAAUAAAAAAAAAGUGUGUUUAAAAAA